UUGACGCUGGAGAAAAUUACAUACAAUCUUUACAUGUCAAAUCACUUUCUCACCUCAGCAAAUCAUGAGUGAAUGCAAAAGUUAAACUGCAUUCGCGAUUGUCGACGAAUCAUUCAACAUCCAGAUAUGUAAGCCUCUAUGCGGGCGGCGCUGCCAGUUGACUAUUGCCAAAACUGAAAACCUGCUCUUAUAAUUAAAUCCAGGCAAACCCGUUUGCUUGUCUUCCGCCGCGCCACCUCAGAGCAACUAGACCAAGGUCGUGAAAUUUGUAUAAAAAGAUAAACACAUCGUUCUGUAAAUCAUAUAACAAUUAAUUAUCGUGCCGGGUGACUGAGUAGUACUGCGUGGAGAAAGGCUGUGCGCAGUUCGCAGUGGUAGAAAGUGCAUUUAACCAUGACAGUUGAGAACGUCUGCUUGAUUCUUGUGAUAGUGAGUUGCGUCGCUUUCGGUCACGAGGAAUUAUCUUUGCAAACAGAUGAGACAACAGAGGAACAGGAUGUGCACGUGAUUCGCCAAACAAUGGAGAAUUUGGCGACAAAACCAGGAGUGCAGUUUGUCGAGUACGGACCCGAUGGCACAGAAGGUUAUAAGUACCAUCUAACAUCAGCGGAAAACAAAGAGUACAUAAUACACACAACGGGUCCAAUAACAGUACCGGUCCUGGAAACUAUCAAAGGCACAAGAGAGGAGAAGGAUAUAAAUCUGUUGGCGCGGCUGAUUGCAUCUACAAAAAUCAAAUCUAUGGAAAGCAUUGAUCGGAAAGACUUAACGUUGUGAUGAAGAAUUAGUACAAGCAACACUUAUGUGUGACCAACUGUAAUUGUAAAAAGUUGCUGCAACCAAAGUCGUAUAAACGUAUUACUACGAAUGAUUUGAUAAUGAAAACAAUUAUUGUCUAUGUAUUGAUGAUAAAAAAUCUCGAUAACAUAUAA